AUGUGGCUCACUCGCCUGGGCCCCAUCACCAGCCCGGUGGCCAAGCUGGCGCUGCAGCUACUGACCGCCACGCCGGAGAGCCUCCUACUGGAGGGCGGCGCCGGGGCCAUUCGCGCCGAGUUGGCCGAACUCCUCAAUGAAGCGCGCCUGCGCAAGGCCCCGGAAGCCCGGGCCGAGCCUCUAAGCGCCGACCUGCUGAACCUCCUCUUCAUCUUCGCUCCCAUCUCGCGCUUGCUGUCCUUCCACGAGUCCCAGCAGAAGCUGCACCAGUCUUUCAAUGCCCCGGAGCCGAUCCACCAUUUGGCCGGGUCGUCGCCGAUCCUGGAUGAACCGGCCACCGCGUGGCCUGGGCUGCCGGCCGGGCUCGGGUCGGACCCGGUGCCGGGCCCCGGCGGCAGCCCCAGCCCGACGGAGCCCUGCCCGGACGAGGACGCCGAGGCCGAUGUCGAUGACAGCGGCGACGACGACGACGACGACGACGACGACGACGACGAGGAGGAGGACGAGGAGGAGGAGGACGACGAGAAAGACCACCGGGCGGCGGAGGAAGAGGAUGACCCCACCUUUGUGGUGCAUCGGCCUGGCACGGAUCCGCUGCUGGUCGACCCGACCAGCCUACCGGCCGACACCGAGCACGAGCACCAGAGUGAGAGCCCCUCCGGGCCGGGGUCGUCCGGGGUGGAUGCGCCCACGCCGCGGCUUCGGUCGCCCGACGCCGGGGGGCGGCCGGCCGUGGCCGCCAUCUCCACCACCACCACCACCACCACCACCGCUACCGCUACCAUCGCCACGACAUCCGGCCUCUCGGACCCGGGCGUCAGCUCGCCUGGGGGUGCCGGGUCCGGGCCCGGGUCGCGCAAGCUGUCGGUCCGCGAGCGACGGUCGCUGCCCGCGUCGCCCCUGGUCCUGACGACCAAUCUGCCGGCCGGGGAGUUCGCGCCGCGGGAGUCCGGCGGCAGCGGGCCCGAGGACCCGGGCCCGGCGCCGGUGGAUACCGGGCCCGGGGUGGACACCAUCACGCCGCCGCUGGGCCCGGUGGCCGGCCUGGGCGCCGGGGCCAGUGCCGGGGCCGAGUCGAUGGCCGGGCCGCCGGCCCCGGCGCCGAUGUCCCCUUCGCCCGUGUCCUCGGGAGCACGCUCGCCGCGGGUGUGCCACCCUCCAUCGGGGUCGGCCUCCGGGGCUCUGUCCCCCUCGGCCUCGGCCGACCAGUCGUACAUGCAGCUGCUGCGCUCGGCCAUGGAGGAUAUGUCCAUGCAUGAGAUUGACAUGGAGAUCGACAUGUCCACGCACCAGCGCAAGUUGGAAAACCAGCGCCUGACCGAACUCCAGGCGGCCGCGGUGGCUGGCAGCGAGUAUGCCCUGGCCGGUGGCCGGCGGCGUCUCCCCUCGGAGUCCAGCUACUCCGGCCUGGACUAUCCCCUGGCGGGUGAGGAUGGCGCCGGUCUCGGCGGGGCGGCCAGCGACAGCAAUCUCCCCCCGCCGCCGCCGCCGCCGCCGCCGCCGCCGCACGCGCACCCCCAUCACUGGCAUGUGCACCAGCCGCCGGUGCCGCACCAGCAGCACCCCCUGCCGAAUGGCGGGUUCUACCUCGGAAACACGACCGACACCGAUGAGGAUCCCUUCGAGGCGGUGUCCUCGCCGAGCUCGCCCCAUCAGGCGGCCGGCGGCCGGGGGCACUUUUCGCCGGGCGGCACGUCGCUGCUGCCCUGGCCGGCCCUGUCGCAGGGGUUACAGCGCCUGGGCCGGUCCCGGGCGUCGCUCGCGCCCCAGGCCCGGCCCGCUGGCGGGGAGCCUGGCACGCCGACCACCGGCGACAUGCCGCCAGCGCCGCCGCCGCCGCCGUCACCGUCGCCGCCGCCGCCGCCGGGGAUGGGCUCGCCGGCCGAAGCCCCAAGCAGUCGGAGCAGCUUCCGCCGGCACUUGGGCCUGAUCCUGCGGUCGCCCUCGCCGAGCCCGAUGGCCGCCGGCGGGGGCACCGGGUCGACCCCUUCGUCGGGCACAUCGUCGGCAUCGGGGUCGCCGCUGCCGGCCGGCGGGCGUCGGCGCGGGUCCGCCCACCGGCGCUCGGUGAGCAUCGGGUCCACGGCGUCGGCCGAUGCGCUGCUCCUGUCGUCCGGGCCGCCCGGCGGCGGUCCGGGGUUCUUCCUGGGAGGCGGGGCCGCCGGGGGCUUGUCGCCGGCGCACUCGCCGCCGCUGCUGCCGGCCGCAUCCGGCCCGGUGGGUGUGGGCCUGCAUCCGCACCAUGCCGGGCGGCUGAUGCAUUCGCCCUCGUCGCCGUCCUUCUCCCAGCAGGGGCUCAGCCCGGGGGGCGGGGUGGCCGGGUCGCCGGCCGGGUCGCCGGCCGGGUCGCCGGCGCCGCGGACGUACGGCGGCAGCAGCGGGUCCUUGGCCGGGGGGGGCGGCCCCGGCGGGCCGGGGUAUAUGGCGCCGUUGCCGGCGUCGGCCUAUGACCCGCGGAUGCGGUCCCCCCUGUCGCGGUCGUCGUCGGCCGCCACGGCGGAUCUCAGCUCCUACGGCGGGGGCGUGGUGGGGUCUGGCUCGGGGGUGUCGGGCGCCGGGGGCCUGGUGGCCGGCCCUCCGGGGGAGGCCGGCUGGACGACGGUGCCCUCGUCGUCCGGGUCGUCGUCGGCUUCGUCGUCGGCGACGGCGUCGCCGGCACCUCUGGCCGGGUCGAGCGCCGGCGGCAUGGGCGGCCCCCCGUCGGCGGCGGCCUCGCUCCUGCACUUCCGGGAUCGCUCGGCCGGGCACCCGAGCGCCGCGGUGUCGCCGCUGUCGCCGCGGCAUUUGCCGAAUGUCGGGCCGACCGGGGCCGCCGGGCCGGGAGCGGCCAUGGCCCCGGGGGCGGUGUCCUCCCUGUCGGCCUCCUCCCUCGGGGGCGGGGUGGCGUCGUCCUCGUCGAGCUCGAUCUCCUCCUCGAGCUCGAUGUACCGCCGGGCCCUGACGCACUCGGCUUCCUACUCGUCGCUGGCCAGCGUGGCCACGGGGCAGCCCUCGCCGUCGCCCUCCUCCCCCUCCACCUUCACAUACAGCCCGGGGUCCACGCCGGGGCCCGGCGGGGAGGCCCAUGCCCAUGGGCUCCAGCACUAUCACCCGCACCUGUCGUCCUAUCACCACUAUGGGCACGGGGGGCCCGGGGGGCCGGUCGGCGGCCCGGGCGCCGGGGCGCCGACAUCGCCGCUGGCCGGGCCGGCCCCGCCGCCGGCCCCCCCGCUGCCGGCGUACAUGCGCCAUGCGGGCCUCACCUCGCCGGGGUCGGCCUAUGCCUAUGCCUCGCCGUUGGGGUCGCUGCAGUCGUCCUCCUCCGGGGGGCUGAGCCGGUCCUCCUCGUCGCAUUCGGUGCGCGCCAUGAACAAGGCGGCCAAGUUCGCCGAGCGCCGGGGCAGUCUGUCGAACUCGGCCGGGGUGGCGGCCGGCGGGGCGGCGAGCCCGGCGGCAGCCGCCGCAGCCGCCACCAACCAGGCCAUGGCCCUGGCGGCGGCCGGGGCCGGGGGGUCGGUGCCGCCGGCCUCGCCGGCGGCCGGCGCCUCGCCGAUCCCGGGCCACUCCUCGCCGCAUCGCGGCCUGCCCGGCUCGCUGGGCUCCGGCCGGGCGUAUGGGUCCACCGCCGGGGGCCUGACCGGCGCCUCGAGCCCCGGGUCGCCACUCUGCCCGUCGCCCUCGCUGUCCUAUUCGCCGGUGUCGACGCCGGUGGCGUCUGGGGCCGGGGCCGGGGCCGGGGCCGGGGCCGGGGCCGGCGGCGGCGGCCUUGUUGCCAAUCCCGGCGGCACGCACACCCCCUCGCCGCUGGGGUCGCACGCGCGGCCGAGCGCGGCCCCCGGGCCGGUGGUUUCGCCACGGGCCCCGCUCUUUGAGUCGGCGGCGGCGGCGGCGGCGGCCGGGCCCGGGGGCGGCACGUCCGGCGCCUCGGUGGGGCCCGGCGCGCCGGGUACGCCGGGCGGGCCGUCGACCCCCUCGGCCGACUCGCCCGGGGGGCCUUCCUCGGUGUUCCUGAAAUUGGCUCGGGUAUUCAAGUUUUCGUCCGGCGGCGCUGGGAGUGCCGCGGCGGCGGCGCCGGCCUCGCCGGGGUCGAGCCUGUCCUCGCCGGGGCUGGCCGGGGCCGGGUCCGAGCACACCCCCUCGCCGGGGAUGGAGCAUGCCCCCUCGCCCGGGCCGGGGCCGGGCUACUCGCCCGGGUGGGCCGCCUCGCCCGGGGCCUCCCUGCAGCCGGGGCCGCCGGCCACGCCGAAUGCGUCUGGCCCGCGGGCGGCCUCCCUGUCGGCGGCUUCGGGGAAUGCGCUGCUGGCGGACUUGCGCGGUGCCGGCGGUGCCGGCAGUGGUGCCGGCCCCGGCUCGGGCGGGGGCCCGGCGCCGCUGCCGCGCUCGGUCACCUCAUCGUCGCUGGCGGCCGGGCCGUCGAUGGCUGGGCCGUCGGAUGCCGGGCUGCUGGCGCCCUUCCAGCUGGCCCCUCCCGGGGGCGGGUCGCCGCAUGGGCACUUCCGGCAGGAUUCGCCAGCGGGCCUGGGAUCGCGGCACCUGGGCCCGAGCCCGCUGCCCCGGUCGGCGUCCAACCAGUCACUCGGGUCGCAGCGGUCGCGGUCCUCCUCGCCGAUGAUCAGCCUGCCGCUGAUUUCGUCACUGCGCUCGUCGCUGCGGUCGCUGACGCCGGGGGCCACGUCCGCCGGGGCCGGGGCCGGGGCCGGGGCCGGGGCCGGGGCUGCCCCGCCGGCGAGCGUCGGGCCUGAGGUUCCCCUUGACUCGCGGUCCGAUCUGGAGGUGUGCCGGAUUUGCGAACAGGUUUUCGCCAAGGCGGUCUUCCAGCAGCACACCGAGAUUUGCCGGCUGGCCUUCAAGGCCGACAUGAAGUCCACCAACUGCGACGCGCGGCUGGCCAAGUUGGCGAAGGCCAUCGCCGAGCAGCGCGUGCAGAUGGAGCGCCUGCAAUCCUCGCGCAUCAUGUCCCGGUCGCCGUCGCCCCUGCCGCCGGGUGGGGCCCGGUCUCGCUCCGGGUCUAUGCACUCGCUGAAGGGCCAGGGCCCGGGGUCCUCUUCCUCGUCAUUGGCCGGUGCCGGGAGCAGCGCGCCCCUUUACUCGUCGCCCCUGUCGCCGCCAUCGGCCUCGAUGGUGGCCGACACCUCGGCGUCGGACUCCUCGCUGCCCGGGCGGCUGCAUCUCUUCUCGCGCAAGGCUUCGCGCAUGUUUUCCUCCUCCUCCUCUUCCUCGUCGCUGUCCGGCGGCAGCCCGGGCCCGGGCGGGGCCAUUUCGCCCCCCACGCCGGCGGCGGCGGCGGCGGCGGCGGUGGCGUCCGCCGGCGCGGGGCAUUCACCCGGUGGGGGCCUCCCGACAGCCGGCGGUAGCCCGGCCGGGUCGUCCCCCAGCGCGCCGGCCAUCACCGUCAAUGAGGAGGCCGCCUCGCCGGGGCCGAUUGCCACCGGGGGCCCCGGUGGGCGGACCUUCUUCCGGCCCUUCGGCGGGCGAUUCUUGCACUUCGGCACGGAUCGCAGCGCCGGGACCGCGGCCCAGCCCGGGGUCCUGCCGGUGCUGGCCACCGACGACGGGUCGCAGGACCUGGUCACCGAGGACGAAGGGUGGGGCUCGGCCUCGGAAGACAACGACAUGCUGUCGCAGUACGACUCCAUCAGUGACAUCGAGAAGAUCGAGGUCUACGCGCUGGAGGGGAUCAACCUGGACAGCCGUGGCUUCGGCGACGCGGUGUACAAGUGCGCGGACUUGAUCCGCAGCGUGGAGGCGGUCCUGGUGUCCUACAGCUACGACUCGUCGGCGCCGACCCCGAUGUCGCGGGCGCUCGCAUCGGACAUGAUGGCCCCGUCGAAUGUGGUGCAAACGAUCAUCCUGACCUUUGGCCGGCGUGUGUUGCACGUUCUUGAGCAAAAGCUCGAGGCCAUGUGCCUGUACCAGGAGGGCGUGGCCAUCCCGGCGGCCGAGGCCAUGCUGGCCGAGGGCCAUCGCAGCGCGGCCGCGGCCCAAGUGUCUCCGGCAUACGGCCUGCCGCCGGGCGGCGGGGCCGGCCAGCCGCUGACCCUCUUCACAGCCUCCAUCACGCUGAACCAGCACAAGGUUCGCGACUGGCUCAAGUUUCGCCCCGCCUCUCCGAAUGGCUCACCUGGCUGCCUUGUUCCCCGGGACGGGGCGGAUGAUCUGCAGAAGCGCCGCAAGCGCUCCGCGAAGGCCGACCCGAACCAGCAGAACGGCGGCGUGGUGUCGUCCUUCCUGACAUCGUCGGCCCUGGGCGCGCGUGCGCCCAGCAUCGAGGACUUCAACAUUGUCAAGAUCAUCAGUGCCGGGGCCUUCGGGACGGUGUACCUGGCGCAGAAGCGCAUCACCGGCGACCUGUUCGCCAUCAAGGUGCUAAAGCGCGCGGACAUGGAGCGCAAGAACAUGAUGAACCACCUGUUCACCGAGCGCACGGUGCUGGCCCUGGCACGAAACCCCUUCGUCGUGCGGCUGUAUUAUGCCUUCUACUCGCGGGAUUACUUGUUCCUGGUGAUGGAGUACCUGAUUGGCGGGGAUCUGUCCAGCCUGCUGGAGGUGUUCGGCACCUUCGACGAGGACAUGACGCGGUUCUACAUUGGGCAGAUCGCCGUGGCGCUGGAUUACCUCCAUCGGCACGGCAUCACGCACCGCGACCUGAAGCCGGACAAUGUGCUGAUCACGGCCGACGGGCAUGUCAAGCUGACGGACUUCGGCCUGGCACGGAUCAUCGUUGCCGGGGAUGACACCUCGCUGCCGGUGUCGCCGGAGAAUGUGAGCGACGACUCGUCGUCCGAUGAGUCCCGACAGGGGGACAAGCGCGGCAAGCUACGACGCCGGCGGACCUCGUCCAAGGCCCUGCUCGGCACCCCGGACUACCUGGCCCCGGAGCUGUUGACCGGCCUGAGCGACGGCCCGGAGGUUGACUGGUGGGCGUUGGGCAUCUGCAUGUAUGAAUUCCUGGUCGGGGCGCCGCCCUUCACCGACGACACGCCGGAGCGGAUCUUCAGCAACAUCCUCGAGCAUCGGCUCUACUUCCCAAGCCCGUCGGACUAUGAGGACGACGAGGAGGACGAGGACGAGGACGAGGACGAGGAGCAGCAGGCCAUGGUACUGCCGGCCGCGGAUGAGGGCCAUGCCCCUAUCGAGGAGGCCGCCCUCGGCAGCGACAGCGGCGCCCUCGGCAGCGAUGCCAGCGAUGGCUCGUUGCCGGGGGCGAACCGGCCGCCGGCCGCCGGCUCGAUCUCCAGCGACCAUGCCUCCUCCGGGGACGAGAUCAGCCAGCCCCUGCGCGGUGGUGGCGACAGCCACGAGGAGGAUGAUGAGGAGGAGGAUGGCGAGGAUGACUGGAGUGACGAUGGGGUUCUGUCGCCGGCCAGUGUGUCUCUCAUCCAUGCCCUGCUGAACCCGGACAAGACCAAGCGCUUUGCCUUCGCUGGUACGAUGGGGGGCUGCCGAUGCCUGGGCUUUCCUGCGAACGUCGAUGGCCUGGAUGCCCUGAAUCAGGAUGUCCUACGCUCGCAGGCCGGCACGCCUCAUGGCAUUCACUAG